AUGCUAAGACCCAUAGGCUCUAGAUGCCCCCAGAGCAGAAGCAGCAGCAGCAAGCAUCAGCAGCAGCAGCAGGAGCACCAUCAGCAGCAGCAGCAGCAUCAGCAGCAGCUGCUGCAUCAGCAGCAGCAGCAGCAGCAGCAGCAGGAGCAGCAGCAGCAGCAGCAUCAGCAGGAGCAGCAGCAGCAUCAGCAGCAGCAGCAGCAAGAGCAGCAGCAGCAAACCUGGCGAGGCCUAUCGCCCGUCUCUUUGCGGGGGAGUGAAGAGCAGAAGCAGCAGCAGCGCAUGCAGCAGCAGCAGCGCAUGCAGCAGCAGCACAAAGAACUGCAGCACAAGCAGCGCCAGAAAGAGUAG